GGAUAAUGGAGAAGAGAAGAGCAUCAAAAUUCAUAAACAAUAUGGGUGGGUGGCUCAGCUUUUGUCUUUAAUCGUUUCACAUCAAAAGCAGCCACCCAACAACCACUUGGCCUCUAUUUUCUUUAUCAGACUUCCACCUCACUGCCUCCUUAUCUGAAUUAGUCAACAUUCACUGUUAUACACAAUCUCCAUCUCCGUUCCUUUCAUUUUUGUUCCCUGAAUUUCAAGUUUUGGCUUCUUCAUUUCUCUCUUCUCCUUCCUUCUCAUAAUUUCACCAUGUCUGUCAUUGGAGAGGCUGCUCUGUCUGCGUUUUUGGAGCUGUUGGGGCGCAAGUUGCUCGACUCUGCGCUCAACUUUGUUGCUGAUCAUAAGCAACUCCACCCGCAGCUCAAGCAGUGGCAGUCCAUAUUGCCCGAUAUCCAAGCAGUGUUGGAUGAUGCAGAGGAGAAGCAGAUCAAGAACGAGGGCGUGAAGAAAUGGUUGGAGGAUCUCCAGGACUUGGCUUACGAUGUGGAUGACACCUUGGAUGAGUUCGCUUAUGAAGAGUUACGUCUCAAGCUCAAUAAAUCGCAAGCACAAGCCAGCACUGGAAAGGUACGGAAACUCAUUCCUACCUGCUUUACUGGUACUAGUUUGACUCCCACUUCUUUCCUGUUUAAGAAUUCCAUGAUUCCCAAGGUCAAAGAGAUCACUGAUAGACUGAAUAGUUUGACAACUCGAAGAAGCAGUUUGGGGUUGACUGAGAUCUUGUCUCAAGCUCCAACCUCCAAGGGAAAGCAACCCAGGCUGCAACCAACUUCCAUACUGGAUGGAGUUAUGGAGUAUGUUGGUAGACACAAGGAGAAGACAGAAAUGAUUGAGUUGCUCAAAGGUGAUAACUCCAGAGGAGUUUCAGUCCUUUCCAUCGUGGGCAUGGGAGGGAUGGGUAAAACAACUCUUGCUCAGCUUGUUUACAAUGAUGCCACCAUCAACCAGUCUUUUGACCACAAGGCCUGGGUAUGCGUUUCUGAUAAUUUUGAUGCAGUUAAUAUAACCAGGACAAUUUUAAAAUCCAUCGAUCCUAACUCUAGUGAUGAGAAUGACUUGAAUUUACUUCAAGUUAAGUUGAAGGAGAAGUUGUCUGGGAAAAGAUUCUUGCUUGUUUUAGAUGACAUUUGGAACGAGAAUUACGAUGAUUGGACCAUCUUACGGUCUCCGUUUGGAGCAAGGACCAAAAUCAUUGUAACCACUCGUCUUCAAAUUGUUUCAUCUAUUGUGGAUUCACUCAAAGUUUUUCAUUUGGAUAAACUAUCGGAUGAUGAUUGUUUAUCCAUAUUUACACAACAUGCAUUAAAAGCAAGAAAUUUCGGUGGACAUCUCCCAUUUAAAGAAAUUGGAGAGAAAAUUGUUAGAAGGUGCAAUGGCUUACCUUUGGCCGCAAAAGCCGUUGGAAGCUUGCUACGCACAGUUAAGUAUCAUCAAGAAUGGGAAAAAAUAUAUGAGAGCGAGAUAUGGGACUUACCAGAAGACCGGUGUGGCAUAAUUCCAGCUUUGCGAUUAAGCUACCAUCACCUUCCAUCGCAUUUGAAACGAUGCUUUGCAUAUUGCUCUAUACUUCCUAAAGAUUAUGAAUUUGAGGAAGAAGAAAUGAUCUUGCUAUGGAGGGCAGAGGGUUUCUUGCAACAAGAAGUUAAACUUCGAACUAAAGAUCUUGGAAAUCAAUAUUUUCAAGAUCUAGUGUCGAGGUCAUUUUUUCAGAUAUCUAAUAAAGAUAAAUCCCGAUUUGUAAUGCAUGACCUUAUCAAUGAUUUAGCUCAACUAGUUGCAGGAGAGGUAUGCUCCAAAUUGGAGGGUGACAGGAAAUGGAAGUUCUCAAUUCGCACUCGGCAUUCUUCUUAUGUUGCCAGCGAGUAUGAGACAGUGAAAAAGUUUGAAGCAUUUGAUAAAGUGAAUUCUUUACGCACUUUUCUACCUUUUGUGUUUUCAAGUUAUUAUCAGGAGUUUUAUUUAACUGAUGUUAUGCUGGUUGAUUUGUUGCCAAGACUUGGGUACUUAAGAGUGCUUUCUUUGUGUGGGUAUCACAUCACUGAAUUGCCUGAUGUUUUAGAAAAAUUAAAGCAGCUUCGCUACUUAAAUUUUUCUUACACCAAAAUCAAAUGUCUACCUGAUUCUUUGUGUACUCUUUACCAUUUGGAAACUUUAUUAUUAAAAAAUUGUUACAAGCUUCAAACGCUACCCUCGAAGAUGGAAAAUCUUGUCAACUUGCAAUAUCUUGAUAUCAGCGGUGCUAGCUUAAUAGAAAGGAUGCCUGUUGGAAUUGGUUCGCUAAUUAAUCUUCAAAGGUUAUCUGAUUUCGUUAUAGGGGAAGGUGAUGGACACCAUAUCGGAGAAUUAAAAUAUUUGCUAAGCCUCGGAGGUAGUUUUCGUCUUUCUGGAUUGGAGAACGUUAAUGGUGAAGAUGCAGUGGAUGCCAAGUUAAAUGAGAAACAAGGGAUUGAUCGGUUGGUACUGCAAUGGGGUACAGACUUUAAGAAAGAUACAAGGAUCAAUGAAAUUGAAGAAUGGGUGUUAAACUCUCUUUGUCCUUCGAAAAAGCUUGAGCAUCUUGUAAUUCAGAAUUAUAGUGGUGCAAAAUUCUGUACUUGGAUAACAGAUUCUUCCUUCAAGAAUAUGUUGUCAUUGGAGAUUCGCAACUGUAAAAAUUGCAAAUCAGUACCAGCAAUCGGAAGGUUGCCAUUCUUGAAAGAUCUUUUAAUUGGUGGUUUGGAUGAGGUAAACAAUAUUGGAGUUGAGUUGUUCGGAGAAAAUCAAUCGAAUGCAUUUCCAUCAUUAGAGACCCUGUGUUUUGAGGGUAUGUCAAAUUUGGAGGAGUGGGACCCAUGUGAAGAUGAUGAGCAAGCUUCGAAAUUCCCCAACCUUCAUAAGCUUUCAAUCAGAGAAUGUCCUCAAUUGUUGGGAAGGUUGCCAACCAUUCUUCAAUCCUUGCAGAAGCUUGAAAUCCGUAAGUGCAGGAGACUGAUUGUUUCGAUUUCAAGUUUUCCUUUGCUGCUUGAAUUAAGAGUUGAAGGGUGUGGAGAAUUGAUUGAUGAAGGUUCUUCUACAGAGGAGGUUACCUCUUUAAAAAGUGUGUCUCUUUCAGACAUUUCAAAGUUUAAUAUUUCAACAGAGAGGAUGAUGUUGAGAUUUGCAAACUCAGAAGACUUUAACAUCUUUGGUUGGAAGAAGCUGGAAUCUUUAUCACAAAAUGGGUUAGGAUUAGUGGGGCAUCGUUUCAUUGAAAUUUAUGAUUGUCCCCAACUGGUCUGUCUGGAAACAGAGGAUGAGAGAUUGCAACUUGACAAGAUACCGGAUGUUGAAUCUCUGAGCAUAAGAAAAUGUAAAAGGCUCAAGAGACUACCAAAAGUCUUGCAUGCUUUCACAUAUCUUACAAGAAUGAGACUUGAGAGGUGUUCAAGCUUUGUUUCUUUUGGAGAGAGUAACUUCCCCCCUGCUUUAAAAAAGCUAGAGAUUUGGGGGUGCAUGAAUUUGCAAUAUUUAGUUGAUAAAAAAGAAAAUAAUAAGAGUAUGAGCAGUGACACUUGUCUUCUUGAGCACUUAGACAUACUAUUCUGCCCAUCUCUGAUAUGGUUAUCAUCAAGGGGUGAUAUAUGCAAUCGGCUUCAACAUCUGGAAGUUAGCAGUUGUUCAAAGCUAAGUAGCUUAUUUUUUAAUGCCAAGUUACCCGUUAUGCUUAAACAUUUACAUAUUUGGAAGUGUCCAAUGUUGGAAUGCAUAGCCCAAGACUUCCAUGAAACUACUGAUCUCGAAAGCAUUUUUAUCUGGGGUGGUCAAAAUAUUAAAUCUUUACCGCAAGGAUUAGACAAGCUCACCCAUCUUGAGAAGAUUCAACUUGAUGGUUUUUCAAGUCUGGUUUCAUUUGAAGAAAGUGGGUUGCCCACCACAAAUCUCAAAGCUUUCUCGAUUUCCAAUUGUGAAAAUUUUAAAGCACUUCCCGACUGCAUCAAUAAUUUCCCCUUCCUUCAGAAAUUAAAGGUGUGUGAGUGUUCGGCUGACAUACCCUUUCCAGAAAAGGGUUUCCCUACUAACCUCACAUCACUUGAAAUCUCAAACGCACCCAAAAUUUUUACAUCACUUGUUGGAUGGGGAUUAAAUAGACUCUCCUCUCUUCAACAACUCACCAUCAGUGGUGCUGGAUGCCCAAAUGUGGUAUCAUUUCCAGAGGAAGGGAUGGGAAAGGCGCUGCCUCCUUCUCUCACCUUUAUCUGCAUCCGCGAGUUUGAGAAUCUGGAAUUCAUGUGCUCCGAGGGAUUUCACCACCUCACCUCUCUUCAAGAAUUACAGUUCAGUAAUUGUCCUAAGCUCGCAUCUCUUCCGGAAAAAGAUAAGCUUCUCUCUCUUGAGCGGCUGUAUAUUUGGGGUUGCCCGUUGCUAGAAGAAGGGUGCGGUAGGGGUAAAGGACGAGAGUGGUCCAAGAUUUCCCACAUACCUUUUGUGUUUAUUCAGUAUAAAACAGUCAUCCCAAGGCAAUUAGAUUGAAAUUUCAGCAGCAAAAUCCGGCACUGAUUUCUCCACUUUCAUACAAAAGGUGUGGAACCAUUUUAAACAUUGAUCAAUAUCAUAGCUUUUUUAGUUUGAUUUAUAUGAUUGUCCUCAGGUGCAAGAUGAUAAAAGCAGCCAGACUUGUACAUAUUUUGUAUUCAAUUUUUGCAGGCAUUUAAAGCUAAAUUGGCGAAAAAUAGUGGAUAAAUGCAACUGACAUGCUUUAGCAACCAUUAUUCAGCAAAUUGAAUGUUCUGUUUUCAUCCGCAUGUUCUAAUUUCUAAGCUUCCUUUGUAAAUUUGUUUGAACUGGUCUACGCAGAUUAUAUAUAUAUAUUCAAUUUUUGUAUAUCUUAAUUAUGCAAGGCUUUCCCCAUGCAUGAGAUACCAAUAUAACGAAGGAAGUUCCAUCUUAUUUACUGCAUCGUACAAAGAAAGUACGCUGUUUUUCUAUCACUCUUUAUAUGAAGUUCCACUACUUUGAAAAGCUUCACCUUCCCACUCCUCCUGCACUUACAGUGAUGUUAUCAAUGUUUAUGAUAGAUCGAUACAUAAAAGGGCUAUAGGAUGUAAGGAGAAUUUGUUCUUCUGGUAUUCCUUUCCACACUCAAACCACAGGCAUUGGAAGCAAAAUUGGUGACACGGUGUUCCCUUCAAAAGAUUCUUUCAUGAAAGAUAGUGGAGAAAUUCAACUGAUCCUUCGAUUGAAAAAGCUUGAGGAGUUGAUUGGGCAUCCAAAGUGGACAAUGCCAACUUAUUGGCACCACAAAGUAUUUGCCACAUUUUGCCUAUAUUACAUUAAAGGUGCAUCUCCAUUGGUGAUUGAUAGAUGCUAGGAUUUCAAUGCACUAUUGCUUUUGACAUUUUGAGAUUGAGACAUGUCAUUUAUUAUGGCCAUGAAUUUCAUUUCUAGUUCAUAGAUGUAGAGAAUAUUCUUAAACCUGUUAAAGAUUUGACACUAAAUUUCAAACCUUAUAAUUUAUUAGAUUAAA